AUGGCCGAGAACGAGGAUAUUGCUUUAGUUGCAAUCAAUGUGCGCAUUUGGAGAUACUUUGCCGUACUCUAUCCAACAUCCCGGACCAACUGGCGGAAGUACGCGUUUGUGUUGCCCGUUUGUCUGAUGAACGUGAUGCAAUUGCUCUAUUUGCUGGAGAUGUGGGGAGAUCUGCCCGCCUUCAUACUCAAUCUGUUCUUCUUGUCGGCCAUUUUCAAUGCCCUGAUGCGCACCUGGCUGGCGAUAUGGAAGCAUGAGGAAUUCGAGAGAUUCCUGUAUGAACUGACGCACUUGUAUCGGCAGAUUGAGGCAUCUGCAGAUGCACAUAUUCAACGCAUCCUGCUGAAGACGGUGCGGGAGGCACGUCGCAUUGCAAUCUUCAAUUUGUCGGCCUCCACUCUGGAUAUUACUGGUGCCUUAAUCUUCACAUUGUUUCGCCAGCAGCGCGUGCAUACCUUUGGCAUUGCUCUGCCCCUGCUGGACAUGCAGAGUACUCCAACCUAUCAGAUUUUCUAUGUACUGCAAAUACCCACCCCCUUUGUGCUCUCCAUGAUGUAUAUGCCCUUUGUCAGUCUGUUUGCUGCCUUUGCGCUCUUUGGCAAGGCGAUGCUUCAAAUUCUGGCCUAUAAAUUGUCGUGCAUUGGCAACCUGAAGGAGGAGGAGCAACGAUAUCAAAUGCUGACUGCCUGCAUACGUUAUCAUAUUAUUAUUAUCAGCUAUGUAAGGAAAAUGAAUGAGCUGGUCACUUAUAUAUUAGGAGCCGAAGCGAUCAUCUUUGGCUCGAUCAUCUGCUUGCUGCUCUUUGGCCUGAAUAUUAUGAGUUCAUACACUCAAAUGAUCUCCAUAGUCAUGUACAUAGGCACAAUGCUCUAUGUGCUAUUCACCUACUACAAUCGGGCCAACGAGUUGGUCAUUGAGAGCGCGCUCGUCUCUCAGGCUGUUUACAAUGUGCCCUGGUACGAGUGUGGGAUGCGUUUUCGGAAAACUCUCUUGAUCUUUUUGAUGCAGACGCAAAGAGCUUUGGAGAUAAGAGUUGGCAACGUUUACCCCAUGACUUUGGCCAUGUUUCAGAGUCUGUUGAAUGCAUCCUAUUCGUACUUUACCAUGUUGCGUGGCGUGACCAACAAAUGA